AGCUAGCCGGAGCCGCGGGCGAGCGCGGCGAGCCGGUCCGGGUGUGAAGCGAGGUGUAAAAGGCGCGUUUCUCAGCUUCGCCGCGGCCGCUCUAGGCUGCCCGAACACCCCGCUUCCUUCCCUCCCUUCCCCUGCGCUCCAGCUUGGGAUCUCGGGGCGGGGAGCGGAGGGAAGGGACCAAGGAGGAGAAGGUGAAAGCGGGGUGAGUGGCGGAGGGGUCCCAGCGCGGGGCGAGGCGUGCUCUGCCUCUCGCUCUCCCGCCGCAGCUGCAGCUUUACCCGGUGCUGCGGCCCCGGGGCGCGCGUGGCUGCUGGGCGUCCGCAGUAUGCAGGCGGACUGCUGGCAGCCGCGAUGGCGAGCCGGGCGGUGGUGAGAGCCGGGCACAGCCCGCGGUGUCCCCGAGUCCGGGCCGCAGCCGCCGCCCCCGCCUGGGCCCCGCUCCCCCUCUCCUGCUCCCUCCCUCCCGGUUCCAACUCCUCCUCCUCCAUGCCUCUUUUCCUCCUCCUCUUACUUAUCCUGCUCUUGCUGCUGGAGGACGCUGGAGCCCAGCAAGGUGAUGGAUGUGGACAUACCGUAUUAGGCCCUGAGAGUGGAACCCUUACAUCCAUAAACUACCCACAGACCUAUCCCAAUAGCACUGUUUGUGAAUGGGAGAUUCGUGUAAAGAUAGGAGAAAGAAUUCGCAUCAAAUUUGGUGAUUUUGAUAUUGAAGAUUCUGAUUUUUGUCACUUUAAUUACUUGAGGAUUUAUAACGGAAUUGGUGUCAGCAGAACGGAAAUAGGCAAAUAUUGUGGUCUGGGGUUGCAAAUGAACCAUUCAAUUGAAUCAAAAAGCAAUGAAAUUACAGUGCUGUUCAUGAGUGGAAUUCAUAUUUCUGGACGAGGAUUUUUGGCUUCAUAUUCAGUUAUCGAUAAACAAGAUCUAAUUACUUGUUUGGACACUGCAUCCAAUUUUUUGGAACCUGAAUUCAGUAAGUACUGUCCAGCUGGUUGUCUGCUUCCUUUUGCUGAGAUCUCUGGAACAAUUCCUCAUGGAUAUAGAGACUCCUCGCCAUUGUGCAUGGCUGGUGUGCAUGCAGGAGUGGUGUCAAAUGUGUUAGGUGGCCAAAUCAGUGUUGUAAUUAGUAAAGGCAUCCCAUACUAUGAAAGUUCUUUGGCUAACAACGUCACAUCUGUGGUGGGACACUUAUCUACAAGUCUUUUUACAUUUAAGACAAGUGGUUGUUAUGGAACACUAGGGAUGGAAUCGGGUGUGAUUGCUGAUCCUCAAAUAACAGCAUCAUCUGUACUGGAGUGGACUGACCACACAGGGCAAGAGAAUAGUUGGAAACCUGAGAAGGCCAGGCUGAAAAAGCCUGGCCCUCCUUGGGCUGCUUUUGUCACUGAUGAGUAUCAGUGGUUACAAAUAGAUCUGAAUAAGGAAAAGAAGAUAACAGGCAUUAUAACCACCGGAUCCACUUUGGUGGAACACAAUUACUAUGUGUCUGCCUACAGAAUUCUGUACAGUGACGAUGGGCAGAAAUGGACUGUGUACAGAGAGCCUGGUGUGGAGCAGGAUAAGAUAUUUCAAGGAAACAAAGAUUAUCACCAGGAUGUGCGUAAUAACUUUUUGCCACCAAUUAUUGCACGUUUUAUUAGAGUGAACCCUACUCAAUGGCAGCAGAAAAUUGCCAUGAAAAUGGAACUGCUUGGAUGUCAGUUUAUUCCUAAAGGUCGUCCUCCAAAACUUACUCAGCCUCCACCUCCUCGAAACAGCAAUGACCUUAAAAAUACUACAGCCCCUCCCAGAAUAGCCAAAGGUCGUGCCCCCAAAUUUACUCAACCACUACAACCUCGAAGUAACAAUGAAUUUCCUGGACAGACAGAACAAACAACCACCACUCCUGAUAUCAAAAAUACUACUGUAACUCCACAUGUAACCAAAGAUGUAGCACUGGCUGCGGUUCUUGUCCCUGUGCUAGUCAUGGUCCUCACUACACUUAUCCUCAUAUUAGUGUGCGCUUGGCAUUGGAGAAACAGAAAGAAAAAAACGGAAGGCACCUAUGACUUGCCUUACUGGGACCGGGCAGGUUGGUGGAAAGGAAUGAAGCAGUUUCUCCCUGCCAAAUCAGUGGAACAUGAGGAGACCCCUGUGCGCUAUAGCAGUAGUGAGGUGAAUCAUUUGAGUCCAAGAGAAGUCACUACAAUGCUGCAAACUGACUCUGCAGAGUAUGCACAGCCACUUGUGGGAGGAAUUGUUGGUACACUUCAUCAGAGAUCUACUUUUAAACCAGAAGAAGGAAAAGAAGCAGGCUAUGCAGACCUUGAUCCUUACAACUCUCCAGUGCAAGAAGUGUAUCAUGCCUAUGCUGAACCACUGCCAAUUACUGGACCUGAGUACGCAACCCCCAUCAUCAUGGACAUGUCAGGGCACCCCACAGCUUCAGUUGGUCUGCCCUCCACAUCUACUUUCAAAGCUACAGGGAACCAACCUCCUACUUUAGUGGGAACAUAUAAUACACUUCUCUCCAGGACCGACAGCUGCUCCUCAGCCCGAGCCCAGUAUGAUACCCCGAAAGGUGGGAAGCCAGGACCAGCUGUCCCAGAUGAAUUGGUGUACCAGGUGCCCCAGAGCACGCAGGAAGUGUCGGGAGCAGACAGGGAUGGGGAGUGUGAUGUUUUUAAAGAAAUCCUUUGAAGGUAAUGCUGCUUUUUACAAAGCAUCAAUUUAAAGCACAUGGCCUUUUUUUUUUUUUUUUAAAUUAG